AUGAAUUCAAAAAGAAAGAAACAAGAGAAUAUCACGAAUGGAGAGCAUGCCGAGAAGAGCCAUCAGGCUCAAAAGAAUCCAGGAAAGAUUGACAAAUCCGAAAAGAGCCGACAAAAACAGAAGGGUACAGAAAAACGACUUGGGUCAGACAAGAGUGUGAAGAGUCAAAGGAACAGCGAAAAACAUGAUGAAAAGAGGGAAAAGCUUGGUGGUUUGAUCUUCAUGUGCAGUGGAAAGACAAAGCCAGACUGCUUCCAUUGCAGUAUCAUGGGUGUUUCAAUGGCUUUUGUAUGGGGUUUACAAAGCAUCCUCUUCAGGUGGACUAAAACUCGAGCCAAAAGCAUUUGGCGGGGCCUUCCUGCUCAGGUGCGGUUCAACGUGGAGAAAGAUUGUCUUCCUCUACCUGAGAUGAGAGUGUUUUCAAGAAGGCAAUACAAGAAAACUAUAAUGGGAAAAAGAAGUUCAAAACAGAACUUACAGUUCGACAAGAAGUUCACGGCACUUUUCCGACCAGCUCAACUCCAUUCAACUGCUCUAGCCACUCGCUCUCCAGCCCAAGCUAAAGUUCGGGAUCGGGGAGUUCAUGAAAGAGCUAGGGAAUCGCUGCCACAUGUCCACAGGGAUUCACAUGCUAGAGAUCCUUAUGCCAACGGUGAUGCUAGGAGUUAUCCAGUCUUAGCACAUGAAAGGGACCAGCGUGUUGCAUACCGAGAUGUGGCAUCAGUAAGGAGCUCUGUUGCACCGAUAUACCAGAUUUCUGGGGUAUGCGAGUAUCAUCGAAUACGGCGCCAAUACAAUACGACACCAAUACGUAUCCUAUACGCCCCGUGGCGCGGAAUCGCUAGGCGCUAG